CCUCCACCUAUUACAUAAAACUGAGACUAAAAUCCAGGGGUGGUGCAGUGGGAGAUUAUCGCAGGGAAACAACCAUGGGCUAUUUUCCAGACUUUUCUUUCGAGACGUGGACGUUGAUAGUAAUAAUCCUCACCCUCAUCCUAAUAUAUGGAUAUGCUCCCUAUGGAUUUUUCAAGAAAAUUGGCAUCCAGGGACCAAAGCCUUGGCCCUUUAUUGGGACAUUUAUGGAGUAUAAGGAUGGUAUUCACAAUUUCGACACAAAGUGCUUUCAGAAGUAUGGAAGGGUGUGGGGGCUCUACGAUGGCAGACAGCCUGUGAUGGCUGUGAUGGACACAACAAUGAUUAAAACUAUACUGGUUAAGGAGUGUUAUUCUGUUUUCACCAACAGACGGGAUUUUGGCCUAAAUGGACCUUUAGCGGAUGCUGUGUCGAUAGUAGAAGAUGAGGAAUGGAAGAGGAUCCGUAGUGUACUGUCACCUUCCUUCACCAGUGGACGACUCAAGGAGAUGUACACAAUAAUGUUGCGGCACUCAAAUAAUCUGAUCAAGAGUCUUGACAAGAUGGUAGCAGCAGAUAAAGUCAUAGAGGUCAAAGAAGUUUUUGGCCCUUACAGUAUGGAUGUUGUAACCAGCACUGCCUUUAGUGUGGAUGUCGAUUCCAUCAAUCAACCUUCUGAUCCUUUUGUGACAAACAUUAAAAAAAUGGUCAAGUUCAGCUUCUUAAAUCCCUUGUUUAUACUUGUGGUUCUUUUUCCAUUUAUGGGACCAAUUCUUCAAAAGAUGGAUGUGUCAUUCUUCCCUGCUGAAGUGUUGGUUUUUUUCUACAAAUUUCUUGAGAAAAUUAAAGGAGACCGACACAAAAAUGACCGCAAAAACCGAGUGGACUUUAUGCAGCUGAUGGUGGACGCUCAGAUUUCAGAGAACCAGGAGACAAAUGGACAAAAAGGGUUGACUGACCAUGAGAUCCUGUCUCAGGCCAUGAUUUUCAUCUUUGCUGGCUAUGAAACCAGCAGCAGUACACUGUGCUUUCUCGCCUAUAACCUGGCAACCCACCCUCACAUCCAGAAAAAACUGCAAGAGGAAAUUGAUGAAACUUUCCCAGAUAAGACUGAGCCAACCUAUGAAGGAGUGAUGCAGAUGGAGUACCUGGACAUGACGUUAAAUGAAUCAAGCAGGCUGUACCCCAUUGGGACUCGACUGGAAAGGAUGACAAAGGCUACUGUGGAAAUAAACGGUGUGACCAUCCCUAAGGGCACUGUUGUUAUGGUCCCAGUUUACACUCUCCACCGAGACCCAGCUUUAUGGACUGAGCCUGAGGUUUUCAAUCCCGAGAGGUUCAGCAAAGAAAACAAGGACAACAUCGACCCCUAUGCUUUCUUGCCCUUUGGCGCCGGACCAAGGAACUGCAUUGGGAUGCGAUUUGCGCUAGUGAUGAUGAAGUUGGCCAUUGUACAGAUCCUUCAGAGAUACAGCUUCGUCACAUGCAAGGAGACAGAAAUUCCACUGGAGCUCUCCAGUGAUGGAUUUGCCACACCCAAGGUUCCUAUAAAACUGAAGCUGGAGCCCAGAUAAACUGCUGCAGAUUCUUCUUUGUGUUGAACGAGAUUAUAAGUGACCAUGCAAUGAUUGUUUACCAUAUAUUCUACUGAAAAGUGGUACUAAACUAACAUUUAUUUUCCACUAUGGAUAUGAUUUAAGAUUAAAACACAGCACUAAUUAAACUGUGAAUCUGUAAUCUGCAUCUUUUUCUUCAACAUCAGAUCAAACACAUAUAUUUGUUGAAUACAGACAUGUAAAUUACACACUGUGCUUCAUCUUUUCCACACAUACUUUUCCUCUGGUCAAACACUUUGGCUCCAACACUAAUUAUACUUCUGACUCGUUCUGCUGGGACAGUGCUGUGUGAAAUGAUCCAGUGGAAAGGAAUUAACAAAUUUACUUUAACACGGCUUGGCCACAUUAAUGUUCGUGUUGCCUCUGGGCAAAGAAUGGGGGAUUAGUGAGUUGAACUAAUCUACAGGCUAGCAUUUGGAUUCAGAAGUCAUUUUACAAUAAUUAACAGUAUAAGAACAAGUGUCUUAAUCAUGCUACAUUGACUGGAUUUUUUUUUUUUUUUUGCCAUGUUGAGUACUAUUGAGAUACUUCUUUUGGUGGGACUUCCCUUAAAAUAUCACACAUAUUUUCAUGAAAUUGCAUUUAAUAACAUUUUAAGGUAAUGUGUUUGAUUGAAUUACAGGACUGUCAGAGGUACAGUAUGUGCUCUAACAAGUACCAUCUCUAGUGAGGUUUGUAUUUUUUGUUAACAAACCUCAAAAUAAGCCAUAUAAUUUUGCAUAGUUUGUAAAAAUCACACUUUUCUAUGAUAUUCUGCCAUACUUUUCUAAAGAGUGCUUUUGCAGUAUUCUUACAAUAUGCAAAUAUGCUUUUCAAGUGCUGUUUUGAUAUUUCACAAAUGCUGCAUUCACUGUCCAGAACAUGCAUUAGCUCACAUUAAAUCUCCAGCGGAUUAUCGCCACAGCUUAACUCACUUCUUGUGGAUUGUUUUCCUGAUAUGCAGUGCACUUUGGUCCUGAUAUCACCAAGUCACAGCAGGCGGAGAUCCAGGUUUGCCAUAAAAGUGCUCGAUAGUGGGUUGUAUGUGGGGAAACCAUGGAGCUGUGGACAGAGUAGGCCGUGUGAAUUUAAUAUUAGUGCAUUUAAUAGCUGUAUUUCAAUUAACCAUCUGUAGUUUUGCAAAUAAAAGAAUAAUAAGGGCAGUAUUUGUUCAAUCAGGUAUCAUUAGUGCUGUAAAAAUACCAACAGCUGUAAAUACAAUAAAUAAAUAAAAAGAGCAGAUUGUGUACUCUGUAAUGAUAAGAGUGCAUGAUCUAAGGCCAGGGUUAGUUCUGCAGAUCUUUGACCUGUUUCACAAAAACAUUGGUCCCAUCACGUUUUUUGUCCCACCUUAAGGUAAACACAGCAGUCAUGGGGAAACAAAGAAAACUAAAGAUUAAACACUAAUGCUUUCACUGCCA